AUGUUCCUGACAGCUCUCCGUCGAUCGGUGGGUUUUGAUCUUUCAUUUCUACUUAUUUUUUGAAAAUUCAAACUUUUCUAAAGAAUGUGAUGCAAUUUUCAGAAAAAUGGUUUUUAGUUGUAUUUCUUUCUUUUAUUAUAUUUUUCAGAGUUCUAUCUUGAAUUCUUUCAAGCCUCUCCAUGACCGCGUAUUAGUCGAACGAGUAGCUGCUGAAACGAAAACGAAGGGCGGGAUCAUGCUUCCAGAAAAGUCUCAAGGAAAAGUACGUUUUUUUUGUUUGAAAAUAGUUCGAUUUUUGAAAGAAGUUGUUUAUUGAAUUUUCAGCGUUUAUAAAUUUUUCCAAAUAUUCCGCGAAAAUCCCCAUUUGGAUAUAUUAUCCCAAUGAAGCUUUUUUUUUUACUCAUCGAACUUUUAUUUAACUUAUGCUAGAUGAAAGGACAAAAAAUUUCUUUCAGUUUCAAAGUUUUCUUUUGUGUUUUUUUUUGCGAAUGGUGAAAUAGUAAAGGGUCAAUGUUUCAUGGUGAUAAUUCUUACGCGAACAUCUAUUUAUAUUUCCUCGAAAUAAAGUUAAUAUUUUGGAUUAUAGUGAGGCUUUGCGAUUAUUAGUUAUCUGCCCUCUUUCUUAUUUUUUUUUUUAAGGUAAUAGAAUAAUCGCGAAUUAAAAGUUUAAUAUGAAAAAAACACUUUUUUUCAAGCGAUUUUUUUCUUAUGAAAGAAGAGCCAGAAACAAAAAAACUAAAAAAGUCGAAUUUUUUUGGUGGUAUGAAAUAAAAAUAGCAAAGUUUCGAACGACCACUUUUUCCGAUUUCAUACCGCUAGGGAACAUUGCAAAGUUUCCGACUUUUUCUCUCGAUAAACUUUUUUUUUUUUAAUUUUCCUCUAUCAAACAGGUACUUUAUUCAUGAUAAAAACAUAAAGAAAAAGGAAAACAAUGUUAAAAGAUCUUUUAUAAUCCGAAAAAUGCAAUAGAAAAAAAGUCGGAAAGCUCCCUAGCGAUGUUAAAAAGAAUCGGAAAAGUCGCCGUUCGAAAAUUUGCUGGCUUUUAUUUCAAUCACCGAAUUUUUUGAACAUCGAAGGGCAAAUUAGUGUCAUCAUCAAAAAUUUUUUUUGCCCUGCAAUACUAUUCAACUUUGCUUCGUUCUUUGCUCCACUUCAAGAGAGAAAAUUUUUUACUAUCUGUGUGAAAAAUAAUUUUUUUCUUUUUUUCACAGGUUUUGGAAGCUACUGUUGUAGCUGCUGGAGCAGGUGCUCGCAACGAGAAAGGUGAGGUCGUCGCUCUUUCUGUGAAGCCUGGGGAUCGCGUCCUUCUCCCCGAAUACGGAGGCACAAAGGUUUUUUUAAAACUUUGAUCUCAAUCCUGAAUUUUCAAUCCAAAUCUUGUUGUUUUUCCGAGAAUUUUGCAAAAACUAAAUUUUCGUACUGUAGAAAAAAAAAUUCUGUUUAUAUUGAAUUUUGUUUUUCUGUUCAAAGUCAACAUGGUCUAAAUGUGUUGUUCCAGGUUAUUGUCGACAACAAGGAAUACUCGAUCUUCCGUGAAUCCGACCUUCUCGGUGUCUUCCAUUGA